ACAAUAACUCACUAGCAGAAGCUCUAUAUGUGAGCGUUCUGCUAUUUGACACAUAUAUUCAAGGGAGCUUCUUCAGAGGGCAGAGAAAACUGUGAGCUGUCAGAAUAUUUUAAGUCCUUCCUUGAGAUGUCAGCCAAGAGCUUCAGUAUAGCCACAGUCACUGCUGUGCUUAUUUUCUGCCUAAAGAUACAACUCUCGGUGCAAGUGCCAUUGAAUGGGUCAAAAUGGUCCUAUAUUGGACCUGAUGGAGAGAAGGCCUGGCCAAAGAAAUACCCAUUCUGCGGAGGAGUGUUCCAAUCGCCAAUAGAUUUCCACAAAGAUAUUCUCCAGUAUGAUUCUAAUCUCUUGCCUUUAGAAUUCAUAGGCUAUAAUGUGCCCUCCACUGACCACUUUACUUUGACCAAUAAUGGUCAUUCAGUGAAAAUGUAUCUGUCACCUACUAUGUACAUCAGAAACCUCCCCUUUGAAUACACUGCAUCUCAGCUUCACCUGCACUGGGGAAACAGAAACAAGUCUGAGGGCUCAGAGCAUACAGUCAGUGGGAAGCAUUUUGCAGCAGAGCUGCAUAUUGUGCAUUAUAACUCUGAGAAAUACCCAGAUGUAACAGCAGCCAUGGACAAGGCAGAUGGACUGGCGGUUUUGGCUGUUCUUCUUGAGAUUGGGCCCUUCAAUCCAUCCUAUGAAAAGAUCUUCAGACACUUCCGGAAUGUGAAAUACAAGGAUCAGACAGCCCAAGUCCCUGGCUUCAACAUUCGAGAACUGCUUCCUGACAGACUGGAUGAGUAUUAUCGCUAUGAAGGAUCCCUGACGACUCCUCCUUGCUACCCUAGCGUUCUCUGGACAGUUUUCCGACACGCUGUUAAAAUUUCACAGGAGCAGUUACUGGCACUGGAAACAGCCAUGUACUGCACAGAGAGUGAUGACCCAGAACCUCUGGAAAUGGUCGAUAACUUCCGAAACGUUCAGGAAUUUCAGGAAAGACUGGUUUUCAUCUCCUUCCGCCAAGGUUUUGUUGUUUCUGUUGUGAUAGCCUGCACUCUGGGAGUUCUCACCAUUCUUGCAGUGGCCUUCUGCCUACUGAAGAGGAAAAGCUGCAGAAAGGGAGGCAAAGACAACAGAGGGAUCAUCUACAAACCAGGCAUGUACAAGGAGGAAGAUGACAUCUCCAAACUCUGAUGCCCUGCUCUGUUACAACAGCCCGUUUUCAUUCAUAGCACUGAUUUAUUUUGCAUUGUUGGAGAACUUCUCUUGUUCUUAGCUAAUGAUAAGACUCAAGAGAUUUCUGAAAACAUACCAGCCAAAAGUUUCCUGUAGCCCUGUUUUCCAGGGAGAUAUGAUCAGUGAAUACUUCUGAACUAAAUUCCUCACCAUAUUUUUCACAUAUAUGCUGCUUACGGAGUCUGGGUCUUUUAACUGAUUUUACAGUUAAUCCUGAACCUCAAUUUUAUGGUUUGUUUAGCACGGAUUUCUCCCACAGGUAUUCAGCUCUGAAGACACUCAUCAAGCUACAAGUGCUCUUCCCUGCUAAAUUAAGGUGAUAGUUUUAGCAUCGUGAAUAUAAACAAGAUGCAGGGCAAUCUGUAUUUGAGGUCAGAAUUUGAAUUACGUUGUUCAGGAGAUGCAGUUUUUACCAUUACAGUAAAUGCUAGAAUAUUCACCUGUGACUUUGUAAGAAGAGUGUUAGAGGAUGACAAGAGAAAAAGCAAUGACAGCUACAUGGAUUGUUAAUAAGAAGCAAACCCAGGAACUCAGCGCUGAAAAAAAAAACUACUGCUGGAGGAAAAACACUUUCCAGCUAUCAUACAACCUCACAAAUCUAUUAUGGAGGUCAGUCUCCGUAUUUAAUUGGAAUUAGAAAAGCAACUUGUCUUACUGCCCUGCUCUUAUUUAUAGUGUGUGUAUGAAUGAUGUGGAGAUAAUGCAGUUGCUGCUGCUUUUAAGCAAACUUGCCAUUUAACCAUGAAAUCUUGAUUUGUUUUAUAGUAUGUAUGAAAACUGCACUUAUACAGUAGAUGGCUUUGCUGAUCUAGGUCUCUACCCUUAGUAAUUUAAUUAUUAGAAAGCAAAUGAAAUUGUGUUUUUCAAAUAUCAUAAGA